GUUGCAUCUUUUCGCACGGCCGGGGUUGGAGCUGAGACUCGCUUGGUCCAGCCACUCUUCACUUCACUACUCCACAGUCACUAGUUAGUGCAGCUUUGCCUCUUUCAGUUCUCAGUGCCGAUCCAGACGUCCAGCGGUUAGGUUGCGACCUACACACCGCUCUCUGCCUUCAAGCAAUUGGCACUUCACUCAAGUCCAUCGAGCACUUGAAUAUUCGAAAACUUGGCAAUCAGCUCUCCGUUAUUCGCGUACUGUACUCGGUUUAUCAAAGUGUUUAGUUCACUCAGGACUUAGUGGAAGUGAUUGGUUUUCGUAUUGGAGGAUUACCACUGGUGUCGAGGUUCACUUGAAAAACGACGACAAAAAUCGAAGAAAGACGAGCGCCGACCACCAGCUGAGAACCGACGAAGCAGGCUCAAGGAAAAGGAGACGAAGGAGAAGAAGAAGAGGAGAACGGGAGGAAGUAGAAGUGCGGAGGUUCCCUUUGUGAUGGCGGGCUCACCUAGCAAGUCAGCGCCCGCCGUCUUCAUCGCCGCAAUAUUCCUCCUUAUUUCAACUGCUUCAACUGCUCCAGUCGAUGAAGAGGACUCAACCGCUUUAUCGAACCCACAAGACUCUCAAAUAACUGAAUAUUAUGGCGGAACGAAUUCGACCAGCUGCUAUUACAACUACCAGCAAUACCAGGAGGGUGAUCGCAUAAUCACACAGGAGCCAUGUUUGAACUGCACAUGCCAGAACAGGAUGCUGAUGUGCUACCUGCGCGUGUGUCCCUACACCAAGGACGUCGGACAGGACUGCACAGUCGAAAAGAGGUCGGACCAAUGUUGUCCCGUCAUCACCUGUCCGCAAGUGCCAGUUCAACUACAGUUGCAAGCCAGCUCUACUACAGUGGCACCUCCAACUACAGCAGUCGCUCAUCCCAACAGUUUUGGCUGCGAGUUCAAUGGUGCAUUCUUCCCUGAUGGAGCACAGGUUCCACCAGAUCCUAAGAACCCUUGUGAACUCUGCUAUUGCAUUAGAAAUAGAACAGCUUGCGUUCUUCAAGAGUGCACCCUCAAUGUUGAUGGCUGCAGGGCAGUUUACCAGAAAGGAGUCUGCUGUCCUGUCAGAUACGAUUGUGAUUAUGACCGACAGGCUACAACGACAGAAGCCAGUAGCGGUCUUAUCAUCACGACAACAGCUGAAACCCCACAACAAUGUGAGUAUGGAGGAGUGCUGUACAAUGAUGGAGAGUUGAUAGUGCCCAACGAACGAUCCACUAUGAACUCAUGUGAGAAAUGCUACUGCAUGCGAGGCGAAAUCGUCUGUGCCGUCCAGAACUGUGGAAAUCCAAUGGAAGGAAAGGACUGUGAGCCUGUCCCUCCACCUGAAGGUCAAUGCUGUCCAACCAACUACAUUUGUGCAAAUGAGACAAUACCUUUUGAGUCAGAAGACCCCAAAAUCCAUUCUGACUCUAUGGUAACUGAUCCUGACAAUUUAUUGGAUAAAAAUGCUGACAAGAUGGUUGAAAGCACAACUGCUGUAGAGAGUGAAGUAACCUCAGAAUCCAGUAACUUACAACCAAUAACUGUCUCAAAUCCCACAGACGAAAAUGAACAUGUCGACAGUGAACAAGCAUCUAGUCAACUUGACCCAGAAAGUGAAACUAUUGAUUUGAGUCAGGUACCAGCUGGAGUAUCAGGUGCGCAAACUGAGAAGACUGUUACAGAAGUAACAGAGAACACCAAUGUUGGUGCUGAAGAAAGUGAUAAGGAGAAGGGGGAAUCACUCCCAGAGGCCAAUGAACCAGAUAGCAUAACAAGUGAUAAAGUUCCCACAGAACAUGGGAAAGUUGAGAUGACUACAGUGAUUAGCAAUUCCAAUGGACCACAAUCUGUUGAGAUUGAUGAGCCAGAGCAAUCAUCCGAAGAAACAAUGGAAGAGCAUGACAAAGAUAUGGCCACACCAAUGAGCCCAGUUCAAGAAUCAGAAAAAGUCACAGAAACACCUUCACAUCAAACAGAGAGUGCAGAGUCAAGUGGUGCAGAGAGUGAAGAACACAACACAGAAAAAGUUGUAACUCCUGAACAUGCCGAAAGUGACCCAGUUGAACAUGAUGAAGAUGUGGUGGUACCUGAAGAGGAAACUCACCAUGAAGAUACUGUUCAUUCUGGAAGUGGCAUUGAGAGUGAUGAAAAAGAAGCUGAAGUUGAAGUAUCAAGUGGUACAACAAACACUCCAGUUGAAAUUUCAAAAUUACCUGAAGAAGUUUCAAGUCAAACUGAGACUGAUUUGAGAGCUACUGAAGAGCCAUCAAAGGAAAGUGAAGUCACUGAAGUUUCAUCCACAGAAAAAGUUGCAGCUCCAGAAACCAAUGUGCCAGUAAUAUCAAACUCCAUACCACAAGAUCAUGUAGUUGAAAAUGAUAAUGCAGAACAUAUUGAUGAUGUUGAAGAACCAGAUCUAGUGAACCAUGAUGGAACUCAUGAUGAAGAUAGUUCGAUGAGCACUCAAGUUGGUGAGGAUACCAGUGGUACUGAAAAGUCACCUGUGGAAGAAAUAGUUCCAACAACAGUACAACCCACACAUGUUGAUAAUCAGCCAGAGCCUCAUGAAGAAGUAGUCUCUUCUGAUGUGGUUGAAGAAGCUGAACAGCCACCAACUCCUGAUGACAAACAUGAAAUUACAGUAGAACAAGAAGCCACAACAAUUGGUGCUAGCAUAGAUGAUGCCACACAUGCUAGUCCAGCUGAGUCAAAUGACAUCCCAGAUUCCCAAAAUGUUGGUUCAUCCAUACAUGAGGAGAAAACAGAUAGGCCAGCAGAAGAUAAUGAAAUCCCCGUCAAUAAUGAUGAAACUAAGAAACCUCAACAGGAGAAUGAUGAUGAGAGUGCCGUGGACCCAACAACAGUUCAGCCGAUUGAGAAAGGAACUAUUCCAGGAGAAGGAAGCUGUCUCGUUGAUGGAGUCACUUACUCGGAUGGUGCGAAAAUACCUACCUCAAGUCCAUGCCACACUGAAUGCAAGUGCUACAGCAGCAUCAUCAAGUGCCAAAUGAUUGAAUGCCCUCCUCCACCAUCCUACCUCACAAACUGUAUCCCAGUACCACAGGGUGAAGACUCUUGCUGUCCAGUAUACUCUUGUGAUGAUAAGAAGAAAUACCCUUCACUGGAGUCUCAGAGUCAAAUAGGGGGAGUGACAACUGAACAUGAUGACCAAAGAGUGGAGGACAACAAUCCAACAGAGACAGCCAAUGAAGUACCUGCAGCCACAACUGAAGGAGCAGCAGCUGGAGAUAAGGUGGAAGUUGUCAAAGACAACAUCAACUCAGAAGUGGCCCAAGACAACACCAACUCAGAAGUUGCCCAAGACAACACCAACUCAGAAGUUGCCCAAGACAACACCAACUCAGAAGUUGCCCAAGACAACACCAACUCAGAAGUUGCCCAAGACAACACCAACUCAGAAGUUGCCCAAGACAACACCAACUCAGAAGUUGCCCAAGACAACACCAACUCAGAAGUUGCCCAAGACAACACCAACUCAGAAGUUGCCCAAGACAACACCAACUCAGAAGUUGCCCAAGACAACACCAACUCAGGAGUUGCCCAAGACAACACCAACUCAGAAGUUGCCCAAGACAACACAAACCCAGUAUCUGAAGAAGAACAUAGCUCAACCCCCGGUGUGACGAGCCCAUCAGUGGAGGUUCCUGCUCAACAGUCUGCUGUCACAGAACAAGAUGAACCAGCAAACAAACCAGUUGUUAUCUCUGACAUCAUACCACAAAACACCGAGAAGGAUGAAGUUGACACUGAAGAGUCAGUUCCAGGCACAACUGAAGGAACAAAUGGUGAGCACACAAGCCCUCCAGCCCAGGAAGAAGUCAAACUUGAGAGUAAUGAGUCUGGAAGCACUGAACAAACAGCUGGUGGAAGUCCAGUAGUUGAUCAAACAACUCUCAAACCAGAGCAUGAUGAAGAACAAGACUCUCAAAGCUCUCCUGAACAAGAACAAGAUAAUGGUAGUAGUCCUGAAAUCACAACAGUAGUAUUUGAUAAUUCUCCACAAACUACAGUAAGAUCAGAUGUAGCAUCCCAUGAUGUAGCAAUUGAGAGUGGCUCACCAACCUCUCACGAUUCUGGAGAAACAGUGGAAUCAGUUGAUGAUGAUGUCCAGCCUGAUACACAAGAGACUGAGGAGCCAUCUGAACAUUCUGAACAUGAACAUGAGUCCAAUCAGCAAGUGGCAACUACUCCACCUGAACAUCAAGAAACAAAUGAUGUAUUAGCCUCAGGCUCAACCAAUGCACCGGUAUCUGAAGAGUCAACUUCUAAGCAUGAGGAAUAUGAUAUGUCUGAAAUAACUACAAUCCAUCCUGUGGCCCAUGACUCAAUACCUCAAGAAUCAAUGUCAGUAGAGGGGCUAUCAACUGAGCAACAAGUAUCUGAAACUGAGGGCCCUGAUGGUUUGAAAAAUGAAGUGACAGAAUCAGCUUCAUCUCAACCAGAAACUAUGGAGAUCACAACAGAGCCAAUUCGAGAGAUGAGUGUAGAACAUGUUCAGACUACCAUAUCAUCACAUAUAGAGAUUGCAGAUAAGAAUAAGGUUGAAGAGCAAUCACCCAUGAGCACAGAACAACAUACAACUGAAGGACAAACACAUGAUGUAAUACAACCAAACAUUCCAGCAAUACUCACAGGUAUUACAGAUGAUGUUGAGAAAGAUGGAGUAUCUCAUUAUGAAGAUCAAGAUCAUAUUUUCCAUGGAGACCAAACAGUAGUUCCAGAAACCGAGCAUUCAGCAACUGAGAAAGUAGAUGAGAUUGAAUCAACAACUGCAACAGUACAUCAGCACAAUGACGACAGUAUGGAAAAUGAGCAACUUCCCGUACAGCAAACAACAAUUCGGUCUGAUUUACAGGAAAUAACAUCCAUUUCCCCAUCUCAGCCUGAUUCUGAACCUCAGCAGCCAGAAACUGAACAUGAAGAAGUACCUGAAGCUCCUAUUGAAGAAACUUCAGAAGCAGUGAUCUCUACAGAUCCACCAAAGCUUGAACAACAGGAACAUAAUGAGGAUGAUGAUGUGAAGCUGACUGAAGGAGAGACUGAGUCUGUUCAUGAAGCUGAAAGUAGCUCAGCUGCCAAUCCUGCAGAUGAAUUCGUCACAGAAAAACAAACAGAAGCACCAGCUGCAGAACCGUCUACUGAAACUGUUCAAAUGAAUGUUGAUGAGAACAAGUCUGAAAUAGAAACUACAACAAGAGUAGAGGAUGAGAAAAUAGAUGAACAUGGAGAAGAUGCGAUCCAUCAUACAACUGAAGGACCGGCAGCAGAACCAAAUCUGCAUGAUAUCAUUAAUAGCAUGCUGAAUCCCCCUAUAACUCAUGCACCAGCAGAUGAUUUUGUUAACAAGGAUGAGCACAAGCAAACUGGAGAAACAGAAAGUUAUGGUAAUGAAGAUGAAGAUGUGAAAAAGGAUGCAACUACAGAAGUCGCUCAUCAAGAGGAAGAGGUAGGUGAAAGUGAACAUGGAAUGCCUAGCAGCACAGCAGAAGAAUUACCAGGAAGUACAGGAGAGGAGGAGGGAAUCAAACAGGAAAAUUCUCCAGAUCACAUUCAUGAGCCUGAGAUCAACACAACACCUAAAGAAGAAAUUCCAGAAGCUCAACUAGAAAAUGAUAAUGAGCCUCAUGCUUCCACUGAAACACCACACGUGGAAACAACAACAGAAAAACUCAGUGCAAUGAUGCAUCACCAUGAAUCAGAAGUAUACACAUCACCAGUUGAUCAUUUCCCUCACUUGCCAAUGAAUCAAUGGACACAAAAGCCUUUCCAGCCAGAAGUAACUUCAGAACCACCUCGUGCUCCAGAAGAGGACAAUUUCCACCCACCAAGUGCUGGAGAAACUGACUAUGAAGAGGAGGAAGAGAGCGUUUAUGAGCCAGGAGCAUGCAGGUUUGGAGGCAAGAUCUUCAUAUCCGCACAGCAAGUGCCAAGAGAAAACCCUUGUGAUUUCUGCUUCUGCUUUCGAAGUGACAUCAUAUGUCUGCAGCAGAGCUGUCCACCACCAAUCUUGGGCUGCCGAGAGGAAUCCAUUCACGGCUUCUGCUGUCCGCGCUACGAGUGUCCCGUUUCCAUGGCAACCACUUUCAACUUCACUACAACAACUACAACAACGACAACCACACUGCCACCUCACUUCUUGGCGCAUAACUACAGAGGUGCGGCGCGCAGGGGUGGCUGUCAGGUGCAGAACAAAUUCUACAGAGUUGGUGAUGAAAUCCCAACUGCAUCUGGUCCUUGCUUACAAUGCAUAUGUGGAGCAAACGGUCAGAUGAAAUGCGACCCGAAAGUGUGCAGUCCGGAGCCAAUGAUAAGGAAAAUGAUAGAGGAGGCUGAAAGAAGGUGAAGCAGUUAUCAAAGAAGAACCGAGGAAAACGUUGAUCGCCACUUGGGUGCCAAACUACUGUUUAACAAAAGUAAUCCAACAAAACUCUUCGCUUAUCCACUGCGAUAGACUUUGUUCGGUGUCUACUGAGAAAAAAAGAGCGAGCUUGAGAGAAAGAGAGCAAGAGUUUGAGAGAGAGAGAUAUACUGCUGCCAUUAAUUGAAUAUUUAACUAUAAUUUUACUCCCUGCUCAAAAUCACAAGACUUAUCGAAGAUGUAGUUUUGAGAGCAUCUCCGAAGAGGUGAUUCGAAUGAAAGGAGACGCGAGUGUACGUGAAUGUGUGUGUGAAUAUGAGCGAAUGUGUAAACGGAUAGACAACGAAUUUCGAUAAGAAAAACUGUUCGUUUCAUCAAGUGAAAGUGUGAUAUAAAUAUAAAUAUUCUGUGCAAUGCAUCCUAAAGCACAACAUGAACAACAAACUCUAAACUUUGACUUGCCAUCUGGAUAGUUAAUAAUUUGUUUACAUGUAUUUAGAUCUAGCUGGUCAUCUCAAUAUCAUUAACAACAUAAGAAGCCAAAGUUAGUAGACUUCUGUCCACUAACGUUGAUAAGAAGCUGUCUUUCUCAACAAUAACAGACAUUAAUUGUGAAUACAUACCAUUUGCUACCGGCAAAUUAUUUUACAGAAAUUUUCAAGUUUGGAUUAUCUUCUACUUAUUGUUGAGUAGCCAGUUCUUUGUCUUCUCCUUUGUCAGUUCCUCUGAAUCAACUCAGAGCAAAUUGCGAAACAUUUUGAAAGUAGGAUUUUCAGAACUGAUUCACACAAAAUUGAAAAUAAUAUUCUAUUGUGAUUACAAUUUUUGGAACUAAAUUGGAAAGUUAUCAUUAUUUGACAUUUUACACAGUUGAAAGUUGUUUCAAUGUUCACGGAUAAACUAUCUACUCUACUUAAUCUGAUGUCAAGCAGAAUAUGAACUACAUAUUCUGAUUAUAAUAACAUUACGGUAUGAUGUAUUCUGUAAACAUUGUACAUUAUUAUUAUUGAUGCAUGGUGAUUCAUUUUUUUUUAAAUCCUCUAUUUGGAAUUCAAUGUAAAUUAUUGUCUUAGUAGGUUAAUCAACUUCAAAUAUUGUAUAAAGUGUGAACUUUGUUGAGAUGUGCCAGUUAUAGAAAAUUUGAACUGAACAUGUAUUUAUUGAGAAUGAAAUAUUAUACAGACCACAUGUUUUAGAUAAUUACAUUAUUAAUUUAUAAGUACGUUAACAAAUAAUAUUAUUAUUGUGAAUUGAACAUCUCAUAGAGCAUCCUGAAUAGUUUGACGGGUAGAAAUUCUUAGUUUUUAUUUAAUUUUUUUGUUUAUCCAUUAUUGAUAUUUAAUUUUUCUACCUCUUGAACAUUCAGGUUGACAAGUAGGAGGGUUUACAUUCAAUGUUCUAUCCAUGUCUCAUUUUUAAGUUAUUUAUAUCAUGUUAGAUUAAGUCCCCACUGAUUUAUUGAAUUGUCUGAGCUUCUAUUAGAGUAGAGCCACUAUAGAAUUUCCAAAAAUUUGACUUUCUCAAGAGUAGAAUGAUGUAUAUGAAAUUUGUACUGAACAUUCAUGAUAAUGGAAUACUCUGAUAUUAUUAGAUAUACAGUAGGUACACUUUUUUAAUAAAACUUUUGUACUUUUAUAAAAAGUAGAAGCAUUCAUCUAGCAGUCAAUAAAUUGUAAAAAAUAUUGUGAGUUGUUGCAACAGAAUAUUAAUGAAAUAGAAAAAGAAAAUACGAACAAUCAUGAAAAUUGUCAUGCAUUUAUAUGUGACCACCUCCAGUAUCAAUCAUUUAAAAAUUAAUGCUAAAAUUUCUGAGUUGUCCAUUCAAGACAAAACCUAGUAUCAAAUACUCUGAGUCUCUCUGUAAGAAUUUUGUACGUUAUUUCAACUAUUAUAUUACAUGAAUAAAUGUCAUUUGGAACAGCACUGAGAUGUUUCAUU